AUGGACACGCGCACUGGCCGCAUUCCGGACCACGACAACACCCCGAUCAUGACCCCAGCCAAUGACCCGCGGCCCUCGAGUAGUGACGGGAAAUUGCAAUGUUGCUGUGGACGGCUAGAUUGCGCCUACCUCGAGAACAACAGCACUAUACUUGGUGGCAUAGAAAGGGAUCUUGAGACGGCCGCCAGACUUGGUCAGGCCCUCCUGACUCGCCAUGAAUCCUAUGUCAGUGAAUCGCAACAAGAACACCAACGUUUCACAGCCUAUAUCAACGACCUCGAAAGAGAGAGAACACAUCUGCAAACGGCAAAUGAGAAGAUAGUGGAGGAAAAUCGACAACUCUUGAAUCAGCUUGAAGUCGCCAAUACUUCGCUCCAGGACAGCGAUAGCCAUGUCAGGAGCCUGGAGGCAUUGCUCCGCGACUGCGAGGUGGAAUGCAGACGGCUGAACGGUCUCAAUCGACGGACAGAAGAGCUGGAACUCCAGAUACUGGAAUUGGAGAAGGAACGAAUAACACUAUCCCGGCAGUCAGACGAUGCGAAGGAGGAAUCCAAAAGCACAAUCAGGCGGUGGAAGGAAAGCGAGACGAGAGUCCGGCAGCUCGAAAGUGAACUCCAAAGAAUCGAAUGGGACGCCAAAAAGGACAAAGAACGAUAUGAGGAGAUCAUCGCCAGACUGCAGAGAGAGCGCGUGCUUGAGAGAGAACUAGGCGGUGCCGAGGGCCGACUCAAAGGUGCCGCUGCGCUACGAGGUCUCAACGCAAAAGAGAGCGGCACCAAUGUUGUCAGCCAUUUUGUACGCGACAUCCUUCAAGACAAUGCGAACUUACAAGCUGGAAUUGUCGAGCUGCGCGAACUGCUUCAAGCUUCAAACGAAGAGGUACAGAACCUCAGGGAGCAGAUUCUGCAGCAUCAACCUGUGGAAAGUGGCGACAUCCAGGACCUUUCCAGGUCAGUUCCUUUGAGUGAACAGAUUGAUUGGGCAGAACCGUCUCCAAAGGUGCAGCAGUCAGUUCAUGUCCAUCAUCACUACCAUGCGAAACUCGGCAAGAGAGAGCGGGCACCGACUAUACGAAGAAGCUCUCGAAAACGCGCGGUCAUCGGACCCAGCAUGCUUCCGUCUACCCCGGAGUCGUCUGCGCCUUCAACACCACUCGUCGGACCCCAUCGUUUCGUCUCAAGCCCGAUUCUACCCACAAGCCUUCACCAGCCGCAGCCAUUGCGAAAUCGAUGGUCGGUGCAGUCGACCGCAACAGCAUCAUCCAUGGCGUCCAGUUUUCCUAGCUCUCCGAGGUCGUACUAUGAGCAACCAAACUCUAUCUUCGACCGGCUCGAAGCAGGCGAGGAGUCGUCUAGACCCACAAGCCCAGAGUCUGCGGGCUUCGCGACCUCACCGCUGAAGUUUGAUGACACACCUGGCUUCGGCAAGUUGGAUUAUUCGACAGCGGAGGAAGCCCGGGUUGCGCCCGACCACGAAGCUGUCGAGCAUGACAUCUCACAGCCUGAGGCCAAGUCCGAGGCCGACACACGGAGCCGAGAAACAGGCCAGGAGCCAGGCUCUCAGGAACUGACCCCGAAACCUUCACAGAUACUCGUUGCGCACGAUAAGAUAGAGAGUCACAUCCAUCCUGAACCGCCAGACCCUGGCACCUCGGACGAGCAACCACCAACUACGACAGACCCAGAGCCCCCGAAUAUUAUUGUCGAGCAAGAUCCUAAGGAACAAGCGGACGCUCUCGAGCAAGCAUUCGCGGAUGAUCUACCUGCUUCCUUGGCCUCAUACGACGGGCCCGGGCGCAUCACCGGACCAAGUCUCCGACGCACAGCUUCUAAUGACUCUCUUGUCUCUAUCUCCGGCAUGGACAUACACAUCGCCAAACGACCGAGCUCUUCAACGUCACAAUCGUCCAGCCUUCUCAAAGGCAACAAAGCCUAUUUUGCCCUCCCGCCUUCUGCGGCUCGCAGAUUGCCGUCAGCUCAACCACUUGCCACUGUGACAGAAUAUACAGCUUCGAGCUCGGUGAGAUCUUUCAGCUCAAACUCCUUGACUGUGCCUUCGGCCGAACUUUCACUGCCACCGCGGAGUGUAAGCUCGAGUGUUGCCGCUUUGAGCGGCCUUGCUGGUCUUCCACCUUCACAGCACGAAAAUCAACGGUCGUCGACGUCAAGCGGGUUUACUGGACUCGUUGGUGGUUGGGUCCGAGGCAAGUGGGGCAUCGCGCCUGUAAAGUCGAGUGCAGACUUGCGCUCCUCUGCGGCUUCAAUAUCGACAUCUUCCUCCACUGAGUCACAACCACGAGGCCCGUCGUCGUUAUCGCUUCCGAGUGGAAGACUACCAGGCAUCAACCAGAAGGGGCCCAUACCUGGACUGAGAGCACCCCAGAAGAUUAAGGCGGUGCAGGUAACAUUGGUGAACGAAGCGGGGCUCAAGGAGAGCUUAGCAGAGUAA